AUGGCAGUUGCUAUGCAGAUCACUUUCUUGCUCAAACUAAGCAUCCCCCCAAAUCCCCCUCCGAAGAGUUGUUUUGAUUCGACCCGCGGCCACAACUCCAGCAGCGUGAUACCGACCUUAUGUAAUCUCGUGUCUUUGUCGCCACAAUCACCAGAAACACCAGUUCCGCGAUCACACGUACACGAUCUUCGUUUAAGCCGCUUUAAUCCCAGUAGUGAAUUCGUCAGUAUGCUGAUCAAAACGGUGGCCACGCUGGCCGUUCGCGGUUCGAUCGCGAAACGGUGGUGUACGGCGUCGAAUCCCCUGCGUACGUUCGCGACGUCGGAAACGCCAGUCGUUGCACCGAACCAGGAACUGCAGCUGACUUACCUGACCGAGGAGGACAAGCAGGGUAUCGCGGUGCUCGGCCUGAACCGUCCGAAGGCACGCAACUCGUUCAGCAAAUCGCUCGUGACCCAGCUGCUCGAGGCGAUCGAUGUGCUGGCGCACGAUAAGAACGUGCGUGUCGUGAUCCUGCGCAGUCUCGUGCCCGGUAUCUUCUGUGCCGGGGCGGAUCUGAAGGAACGUGCCACUUUCACGCCGCAGGAAGUGAGCCGCUUCGUCUCGAAACUGCGCCAAAUGAUGGUGAACAUUGAGCAGAUGCCGACACCCGUGGUUGCUGCGAUCGAUGGUGCUGCGCUGGGUGGUGGUCUCGAGAUGGCAUUGGCCUGCGAUAUGCGCGUAGUGGCAACCAACGCGAAGCUUGGACUGGUCGAAACGAAGCUGGGCAUUAUUCCGGGAGCCGGCGGUACUCAACGGUUGCCCCGCAUUCUGAAUCCGGCCAUCGCCAAGGAGCUCAUCUUUACGGCACGCCAGUUCAGUGGCGAGGAAGCGAAGGCCCUCGGCAUCGUAAACCAUGCGGUGCAACCGAACGAAGCAGGCGAUGCCGCGUACCGGCGAGCGAUCGAGUUGGCCAUGGAAAUCGUUCCAAACGGUCCGGUCGGUGUCCGGAUGGCGAAGAAGGCGAUCGAUAAGGGACUGCAGGUGGACAUUGGCACCGGGUACGCGAUCGAGGAAGCGUGCUACGCUCAGGUCAUCCCGACCAAGGAUCGGCUCGAAGGAUUGCGCGCCUUUGCCGAGAAGCGUAAGCCCAACUUUAUCGGCGAAUAGCACAAGAGGACGUAAAGUGUGUGUAUGUAGGUGACUCAACCGCGAAACUUUUGUGAACGCGCUGUGAUAGGAGGAGAGCAAAAGGGCGAUACAGAGAGAAAGAUAACACAAUGUGCAUUUAUAGGUUCCGCCUCCGUGUAGCGGA